UAAAUCCCCCGCCGACCCCCGAAACCCCUCCCCCCACACCUCACAAAAUCCGGUAAUCCCCACGCCCGCAGAGACUCCGGAGGAGACCCAGCGAUCGGAAUGGCGGACAUGGGCAGCCUCGAGAGGAUGGGACGGGAGCUCAAGUGCCCCAUCUGUCUGAGCCUGCUCAGAUCGGCGGUGUCCGUCACCUGCAACCACAUCUUCUGCAACCACUGCCUCACGGAGUCGAUGAAGUCCUCCUCCACCUGCCCUGUGUGCAAGGUGCCGUUCCGCCGAAGAGAAAUCCGGCCAGCACCACACAUGGACAAUCUGGUCGGCAUUUUGAAGAGCAUGGAGGCUGCAUCAGGAAGUAAUGUUGUCUCAACACAGGUGACUCCUGCGGCACAAGUUGCAGAUGGAUCAAAGCAUGCCAACAGCGAGAAAAAGUCUAAAAGGUCACAAAAAUCAACAGUGCAAAAGAAGAAGAUAUCAUCCGAGAAGAAAGCAAACAAAACAAAGUCUGCUGUGGCUUCUGCAUCUGGUCCUACUAAAAAGCCUUCUUUCUCUACGAACAAGAGAAUACAUGUGACACCAUUCCCUGAAUCUGAGACACCAAUGAGACCUCAGAAGAUUAUGAAGUCUCAAGGGACAACAGAUAAAUUGAAUGGUGAUGCUCAAGAAGGCAAAGAUAAAGCAUCAGCCUCUGAUAAACUGGAAGGUUUCUCAUUGUCACCCUUUUUUUGGUUAAGGGAAAGAGAGGAUGCAGAAGGCGGCACUCUUGAAACGUUAAGUGAACCACCCUCAUUGGCCACGCCCUUGCGUCACAAUGCACCUUGUUUUAGUGACAUCAAAGAUUCUGAUGCUGGAACCCCUCCUAACACGACUCCAAAUAGCAAAGCUGUGGUUCCGGAUGCCUUCGAUAGUGAAAUCUUUGAAUGGUCCCAGAGGCCUUGCUCUCCAGAGCUGUGUUCUACUCCACGGAAAAAGCAGGGUAAAUUUGAGGAUAUAUUAGAUCACAUAGCAGAGAAAGAUGACGAGGAAGAUAUACAGCUUGGUGGUUCAUUCGAUGAGUCAGGUCAUACACAUAAUGCAGCUCAGCCUGUCAAGAGGAAGAAGGGGAAGAAGGCAAGAGGUGGGAACAGCAGGAAGACAAAGUUGCUGGAGGUCAUCACAAAAGAAGCUGAUGCCAACCAACAAGAUUCAAAUAUCACUAAAAGUCUUGCCGCAAAGUCAUGCGAAGAAAACAGCAGUGCUAUAGAGAAGAAUACUUCAAGUAGAAGAAACAAGGCUGGUAACAACAUCAAUCUAUUUCCCUGUUCUGAUGAUAACUCCAUGGGGACAUUUCACCCUCGAGAAAAUAGUUUGGAGAUUGAAGUACAUGAUGGACACCUCUCGGAAAGAUCUCAGAAGGAGAAAAGUGGUCAACAGAAGAAAUGUGCAAGGAAGCUGGGAACAACAGGGAAGAGUACAGUUGAGACUACAGAGAGUAAUUCUGAGCCAAGAAGUAAGCGAGUUAGAAAAAUGCCUGACAGUGUCAAUGCUGAAAAGAUAGGAGUUACUGAUGUCUCUAGAAAUGAAACAGAAAUGCCAUUACUCCACAGCUUCAUGAAAAGUUGCACCCAGCACAAACUUUUGGAUGGUAGAAGUAAAAGGAGCAGCAAAAAGAGCAAGUUCAGUGAAGGAACGAAUAGUCAGAUAGGGCUUGAUAGCAUGAAAUCAAACAUCACUGCAAAUACAUCAAGCAUUUUACUUGGUAGAUGCCAAAGUAGUGAGGCAAUACGCGCAGCUCCUUCACCAAUGGAUGCUUCAGUUAAGAAUAAAUGUGCAAAAAGUAUCAAACAAACAGAUUGUUCAGAAAUGAAAAACUUUGGAAAGCUCCAAGCUUGCACUGGUAAUACUUUCCUGAAGAAAUGUGAUGACACUGUCUCUAAGGUUUUCUGUGCUUUCUGCCAGUCUGCUGAUAUCACAGAGGAGUCUGGAGAGAUGGUUCACUACCAUAAUGGAAAACAAGUCCCUGUAGAAUUUGGUGGAGGGGCUAAUGUCAUACAUUCUCACAAGAACUGCAUGGAGUGGGCUCCAGAUGUCUACUUUGAAGAUGACUCAGUGUUUAAUCUUACGCCCGAGUUAACUAGAAGCAAAAGGAUCAAAUGUGCUUGCUGCGGAGUUAAAGGUGCGGCACUUGGUUGCUUUGACAAGAGUUGUCGCAAAAGCUUCCACUUCACAUGUGCUAAAUUGAUCCCAGAAUGCAGAUGGGAUAAUGAAAACUUUGUGAUGCUAUGCCCUUUGCAUCAGUCUUCCAAGUUGCCAAAGGAAGUUUCUGAGCCACAAAAGCAAUCCAAAAGGAUAACAGCACCAAAAUGUCCAUCUCAAGUAAGAUCUAGCCAAGCUUGCAGCAAUAACUGGAAAUGGCCAUCAGGAUCACCACAAAAGUGGGUUCUCUGCUGUUCAGCUCUUUCUGCUGCUGAGAAGGGCGUCGUAACAGAAUUUGCGAAAUUAGCUGGUGUGCCUAUUUCCAAGAGCUGGAGCCCCAGCGUUACCCAUGUCAUUGCAUCAACUGACCCCUCUGGCGCUUGCAAGCGCACACUGAAGUUUCUGAUGGCAAUCUUGAACGGCAAAUGGAUCGUCUCCAUCGAUUGGGUUAAGGCUUGCAUGGAAAGCAUGGAACCUGCUGAUGAGCAGAAAUUUGAGGUCACCACCGAUGUUCAUGGCGUCAGUGAGGGUCCGAAGUUAGGAAGACAGAGAGCAAUCAACAAGCAACCCAAGUUGUUCAACGGCAUGCAGUUCUACCUCCAUGGGGACUACACCAUGACCUACAGGGGCUUCCUGCAGGACCUGGUGGUUGCGGCAGGCGGCACGGUUCUGCACCGGAAGCCUGUCUCAAGGGACCAGCAGAAGCUGCUUGAUGACCGCUCCUCUGUUUUCGUCGUGUACAGUGUUGAGAACCAGGGGAAGGCGAAACUCGGCGACAAUGACAAUGAUCGCCGCAGGCAGGCUGAUGAAGCCCAGGCCCUGGCAUUCGCCUCUGGUGGUGAAGCCGUGAGCAGCGCCUGGAUAAUCGACUCUGUUGCAGCUUGCAAGCUGCAACCUCUGUGACUGAGCUCAAAGAAGGCUUCUCAUGUCAGUUGGUUGAGUAGUAAACUGAAAAAUCAAGGAGGUCACUGGACAAUUGCUUAAUUUUAUACCGUGUCAUGUAAUUAUAAGAGUAACAUUUUGUGUUUUUUCUUUCAAAAAGGAGGUUGUUCAUGAGUUAACUUUAUCAUUCCAAUGUAAAGAGGUUCAGGCUCAACUAGUGUCGUGAUGUGUGUGCCGGAAGGUCUCCCUAUUCCUUUGAGCCAGAUUAAUUGCUACAAGAUGAUUAUCAUAAUCUUCUACCACAGUA